AUGUCAUUCAAUAUCGAUGCAGAAGCAAUGUCACUAAGUACAACACGCGGGCGUCAGCGCCCAGGUCCAGCGUGUGACGAGUGCCGACGCCGCAAGCUUCGCUGCGAUGGGCAGCAACCGCAAUGCGGGGUCUGCCAGGACACAGAUAUUGUAUGCGAAUCCACACCACGUGGGACUCGAGGACCAAAAAAAGGGCACCUAAGGGCCCUGAAGAGUCGAGUCGAGCAACUGGAGGCUAUGCUAGAGAGCAGCCUCUCGGCCCAGGAACCAGAUGACCUCCAGAUCCAAAACCAAAGCAACACCCAAAGCAGCAGCGAGGGGACAAUCGCAGCAUCACCUACAGACGCGAUACACCCCGCUGCGCUCAAUAUCACGGGGCUAUGGCAACCGACCGCGACGUCUUCUGUUCCGGAGGCAGCUGACUCGCUUUCUCUUUCCCAUGGAUUGUCAUCAUCGUCGACCCUGUCGAUCAACAUCUACCUGCCUCCCACGGGUGUUGUGCGGGCAGAAUUAGACCAGCUCUACUUGGACCGCGUGCACCAUUCAAUUCCCAUUCUCCAUCAGCGACGGUAUCUGUCUUGGUCCAAAUCUACUACCAAAUCCGCAUCGCGUACAUGUUUACAGUAUGCCAUGUGGACGUUAGCUUCCCUUCUGUCAACUCAGUUCCGCAAUAUGAUCGAGCCACUGUACCAGAAGACAAAACAGAUGCUGGAGCAUCUCAGCCUGGAAGCCAAUGAAAAGAUAAACUUGACUACGGAGCUGGCUCAAGCAUGGGUACUUGUUGUAAUAUUCGAAUCAAUGCGGACAUAUCAUCAAAAGGCGUGGAUGAGCGUUGGCCGAGCUUUUCGUUUGGUCCAGACCAUGCGAUAUCAUGAAAUCGACAGCCCUCAUGAUAGAAAAGGGUCCUCCUCUCGGAUGGGUGACUUGACUGAGAUUGAAGAGAAACGUCGGGUGUUCUGGAUGGCUUACUUCCUUGAUCAUGUUAUCAGCAUACGCGAUGACUGGCCCAUCACGUUAAAUGAGCACGUGAUCUGCACCCGACUUCCAGCUCUGGAUGCAGAGUUUCAAGCCGGGCGCCAUCAGCUGGGACCUUUCCUAUCGGAAGCUAUGACAGACCCUGGUCUCAAAGUCCGCUCACCAUUCAACGAGUGUCUCAUUUUAGUUACUAUUUGUGGGCGUAGCCUGCUCCAGACUCAGCAGUACCACAUAUCCAAAGCCUACGGGGGAAUGACAAUAGACUAUAUGGAGCAGCGUCUAUGGCUGGAAACUCUCCUGACGACAAGACUGCAGGUCUUGUCGCAGUAUUAUCCAUCCCCCACAGACGUCUAUGAUCCCCUGUUAUUAUUCGCCAGCAUCCUUGGUCAAGCUACCGUUGUCUACUUCUGCAAAACCAUAAUGAACUCAGCCAUAAUUCCCGACGGCGAGCAGGAGGCCAAUGUUGAUCUAUUUGGUCCUCAAAAUCGGGCCCUUGAAGCGUCUACAAACAUAAUCCAUCUGGCCUCGACACUGCGCGACUUACCAUUUGCCAAAGUCCAUCCACUGAUGCCUAUUCCACUCUUCUUGUGCGCCGAGUUUCUUUACGACGGCAUGCAUACUGGCGAGCCAUUUCAAAGCCGUCUCCAGGAGCUAUUCCAUAUUCUCCGAGAUCUGAAAAAUGUCAAUAACCACGAGCAAAGCUUUUUGGAUUUGCUGCCACGAUCUUGCAUAUCUAAAACAAAUGAUUUAUUUAAUCACAUUGGUGAAGGGGCCACUUCUAACUAA